AUGGAAACAUCCCUCCGUGCUAGCCAACCUCAACAGUUUGGGAUACUUCAAUGUCUCUUUCAACAAUUUCUCUGUUGCGACCCGGAGGAAAGUGCACCAACGAAUGCCCAAGAGGAAGAAGAUGAUGAAGUGAUAGACAUGGAGUGGUUUUAUUGGACUUGUGGUGCAGUCUACAUCUCCACAUGCUUGGCCUUGUUUGUGUUUCUCUGCAUAGACACACGUUGGUCUCAAGAAUGGUUUUAUCGUGUAGAUCUCUUCAUUCAUCACCUUCAACGCUCCAAGCGUUCUGCUUUCCGCAACUGA